CUUUUUUGGACUAGUCAUCCUCUCCGAUUUAUCUUGCGGAAGGAUUAGCCAACUAAUUUGGAUGCUUCCAUCAAGACAACUGUGCCAUUUUGGAGGGAGCUCAAAUUCAUUGCAAUGGCAGUUUCUCUUCUUUCGCUCCCAUCCUUCCAAGGUUUUGGCAUGCUGCUGUUUCUUCUAUUCUCGACCUCCCUUGUUGCAGCUCAAAAACCAACCUCCACGGGCACAAAUUUUUCGUGCUCUGCAGAUUCACCUCUAUGCCAAACGUAUGUCGCUUACCUCACCCAGCCACCGGAGUACUUGGACCUCGGAAACAUAUCUGAUCUGUUUGAGGUCAGUCGUCUAUUAAUUGCUGGUUCCAGUAACUUAGUUUCUGAAACUACACCACUAGUUCCCAACCAACUCUUACUGGUACCUAUAUCCUGUGGUUGCACUAAGGGUAACUAUUUUGCCAACAUCACUUAUCAGAUAAAGAAAGGUGAUAGCUAUUACUUGGUUUCAACCACUUCUUUUGAGAAUCUCACUAACUGGAAAGCGGUGCAGGACAUGAAUCCUACCCUGCAACCCAACCUCCUAAAAAUUGGUGUCAAAGUGGUCUUUCCUCUGUUCUGUAAGUGCCCUUCCAAGAAUCAGUCAGACAGUGGAAUUAACUAUCUAAUCACCUAUGUAUGGCAGCCCAGAGAUGAUAUCCCCCUUGUGAGCGCUAAACUGAAUGCCUCAGCAGCCGACAUAUUAUCUGUAAAUAACUACCGGGACUUUAGUGAGGCUGCAAAUUCUCCGGUGCUUAUUCCUGUGCCUCAAUUGCCAGUUCUCUCUCAACCGAAUCCUCCUCCACUUGGAAGAAAGAAAUCUGAGAGUCACUGGCUCCUAAUCGUUGCAAUAAGCACAUCAACUGCUCUGUUGAUCUUCAUUUUAGUGUCUCUGCUGGUGUAUUCUUGCCAUUCAUAUAAGAAGAAGUUUUUGAGUCGGAAUGAUUCCUGUUUGGAGACUACUGAUCUCAUUCAGGGGAAGGAACUUAAGUCGAGCGAAAGCUUCGAGCACAGGAUUAUACAGGACAAGCUACUUCCGGGGGUUUCUGGCUAUCUAGGAAAACCAAUUAUCUACGAUGUUGGAGUAAUUAUGGAUGCAACGAUGGACUUCCAUGAACACUAUAGGAUUGGAGGAUCCGUAUACAGGGCCACAAUUAAUGGACAGGUAUUAGCAGUAAGGAAAACUAAAGAAGAUGCUGGAGAGGAACUGAAGAUUCUACAGAAAGUAAAUCAUGCCAAUCUGGUGAAGUUAAUGGGCAUCUCAUCUGGUUCUGAUGGGAAUUGCUUCUUGGUUUAUGAGUACGCUGAAAAUGGUUCACUGGACAAAUGGUUGCACACUAGUCCUGCUUCUUCUUCAGGCUCAGUAGCAUUCCUCACCUGGAGUCAGAGGUUACAUGUAGCAUUAGAUGUGGCUCACGGCCUGCAAUACAUGCACGAGCACACUCAACCAAGCAUAGUUCACAGGGAUAUCAGGACCAGCAAUAUUCUUCUAGACUCCAGGUUCAAGGCCAAGAUUGCAAAUUUCUCCAUGGCCAUGUCUGCCUCAAAACCUGCAAUGCUAAAAGCUGAUGUAUUUGCUUUCGGGGUUGUGUUGUUAGAGUUGCUUUCAGGAAAGAAAGGCAUGGGAACCAAAGAAAAUGGUGAGAUCAUUUUGUUGUGGAAGGAUAUAAGGGAAAUCUGGGAAGUUGAGGAGAAGAGACAGGAGAGGUUAAGAAUGUGGAUGGAUCCAUGCUUGGAGAGCAUUUAUCCUAUUGAUGGUGCUAUGAGCUUGGCGAACUUGGCAAGAGUGUGCACAAUGGAGAGGUCUUCAGCACGACCAGGCAUGGAAGAAAUCGUCUUUAAUCUCACAGUUCUUGCUCAGUCGUCUUCGGUGACAUUAGAAAGGUCUUGGACUUCUCUAGAAGCAGAAGAACUUGCUCGGAUCAUAAGCCCAGUCAAAGCUCGAUGAUUUCAGAAAAAUGGUAAUGGUUAAGUUUGGCGUUGCUUACUUUUGCAUAUCUUGCUUUAUGUCUGUACAAAUUAUGGUGUUUUUGAACUAAAAAUAAGACGAGCAAACUUACCUAAAGCAGAUCUUUUAUAUUCAUGCAUCACAAUAUGAUCUUUUUAUACAGUGUUUGUGAAUCUGCUUUCUGGUUCUUCUGCCAAACAGGAUAGGCGUAGUUUCACAA